AUGGAUGUGGGGUGCUGGUGGGUGCUUGGUCCGUCAGAUCUCCCGAUAACUCAUGUGCUUCUCCCACUUCCAGACUCUGAGGACCAUGAGAGCCUGCGGAGGAACGGGGUGACACACAUCCUCUCCAUCCACAAUAGUGCCAAGCCAGUGCUGGAGGACAUGACCUAUCUCUGUAUCUCGGCCUCAGAUUCUUCCAGUCAAAACCUGCUGCAGCAUUUUAGGGAGUGCAUCCGGUUCAUCCAUGAAUGCCGGCUCAGUGGGGGCGCCUGCCUCGUCCAUUGCCUGGCUGGGGUAUCCCGCAGCACCACUGUCCUGGUGGCUUAUCUCAUGACGGUGACCGAGCUGGGCUGGGAGCGCUGCCUGGCCGCUACCAGGGCCGUGAGGUCCUUUGUGAGCCCCAACUUCGGCUUCCAGCAGCAGCUGCAGGAGUACGAGGAGACCUUGCUGCAGGAGUAUCGUGCUUGGAUCCAUCGUGACUAUGGCAGGAACCCAUUUAAGGACCAGGAGGAGCUGCAGAGCUUGCUGGCCCAGCAGGAGGAGAGGCAGAAGGAGCAGCAGCUGGGGAGCAGGGAUUGCUCCUGGCUCCACUCUCCAGCUCCCACCUACCCGCUCCCCUACCAUGCAGGUGGCACCAGCAGAAGCAGAUGGAUGAACAGAUAAGCUUCUGGCUGCUCAGAGGCAGACGUUGGCCCCGGGGCUUGGAAAACCAGGUCUUCCCUUUGCCAAGUGCCUCUGGGGGUUCAUGCCUAGGGCAGAAAGCAGCCAGCACCAACCUCAGCUGUGGUUCGAGGGUUGGAGCAAGGGGGGUCAGGACUCACAGACCAUCCCAUUGGCUGCCAGCUCUGUGUGUUCCCCAUGGCAAGGCAGUAAAUUAAUGGCAGUGUCUUGAUCUGAUCUGUUUCCCUAUUCCCAGUGGAUCGCAGCCCCUUUCCCAUCACCCAGAGCAGCAGCAAACCCCAUCUCUCUCUCCAGCAGCAUGGUACCCAGGGCUCCUUUGGCUGCGAACAGGGAUGCCAAUGCAGACCUUGGAAAGCCACGGUGGGAUGAGAUGGGGAGAUGUAAUAGCAUCAUAGAGUCAUAGAAUAGGUGGUCACCUUGUACCCUGCUUUGCAGAGGAGCUGGAAGCUGAUGCAGCCCUCGGAGGGAUGAGUGCUGGGAUGUGGAAGUGCUGAUGAGCCCUGGUUGUCACCCAGGGGAUGGGGAUAAGGGGCUGGAGGCUCUUUGUGCUGCUGAUGUCCCUCCUGGUCCAGCCUAUCCUUGACACAUGUCCAUCUGGCAUCUUUCUUUACCCAGUGAAGGGGGAAAUCCAGCUGUGCUGGAGGCCUUCAGUCCCCACCGCCUCCAUCCCUGCAGCCAGAGCAGGUUUGGGCUUCCCCUGCUGCCCAAUCUGAAUGUCCCUGGUUGCAAAAGAAGCCGGUUGCUCCGUUGGACUCAGUUGACCCUCAGCCCAAUUUAACGCUGUCCCUAUCUAACUGCCUGUUUAAUAUUGGAAGACGGUGACUUUGUCCCUUUUUCAUCCCAAACCCAUCAUUUUCCAAAGUGUGGGCUUCCUUUGCCAAGGUCUUCAUAUCCACCCUACAAGGAAGGUCCUAAUCCAUAGAUGCAGCCCUUCUAUAUUUAAACCUUUAACUCUUCUUUGCCUUUUGCUAUAAAUACCUUGCUUGGCUUCUCAAAAAUAUCUAUUCUGAGGA